AUGACAUCAAACAAAGUCACAGAAACAGUUUGUUUAGAAGGUAUGACAUCAACUAAGUUCACAGAAACAGUUUGUUUAGAAGGUAUGACAUCAGACAAAGUCACAGAAACAAUUGUGGGGACAGGUUCUGCUGACAUUAAGGGGAAGCCUCAAAUAAAUGCAGCAAGUUGGAAUCCUCAUCAGAAUUGUAACCUUGUAGCAGCUGCUGUUGAUACCAGUGUUCGUGGAUGGGAUCUGCGUACCAUGCAACAGUCCUGGGUGAUUGAGAGUGCUCAUGGACAGCUUGUGCGGGAGCUCGACUUUAAUCCAAAUCGUCAGUAUUUUCUCGUAACUUGUGGUGAUGACUGCCAUACGAAGUUUUGGGAUAUUCGCAGUCCUGAUACGCCAGUUCUCGUUCAGUCACAUCACUCUCACUGGUAAGGAGAGCUUCUUCA